CUGCCGGGCACUGGAGAGGCCUGUCUGUCCUUCCCUCCUUCUGUGAGAAGAGCGUCGCGAUCGAGGACCAAGGCCCAGACCAUGUCUCGCCUGGUGGAAUGUGUCCCCAACUUCUCAGAGGGGAACAACCAGGAGGUGAUCGACGCCAUCUCCCAAGCUGUGGCGCAGACCCCUGGCUGCGUGCUGCUGGACGUGGACGCCGGCCCCUCCACCAACCGCACCGUCUACACCUUUGUGGGGCGGCCCGAGGAUGUGGUGGAGGGGGCCCUCAACGCUGCCCGGGCUGCCUUCCGGCUCAUUGACAUGAGCAAGCACAAAGGGGAGCACCCUCGGAUGGGAGCCCUGGACGUGUGCCCCUUCAUCCCGGUGAGGGGCGUUGGCAUGGAUGAGUGUGUGCUCUGUGCCCAGGCCUUUGGCCAGCGGCUGGCCGAGGAGCUGGGCGUGCCAGUGUACCUCUACGGCGAGGCGGCGCGGGUGGCCAGUCGCCGGACCCUGCCGGCCAUCCGGGCGGGGGAGUACGAGGCCCUGCCUGAGAAGCUCAAGCAGGCAGAGUGGGCACCUGACUUUGGCCCCAGCACCUUCAUCCCCAGCUGGGGGGCCACCGUCACCGGGGCACGGAAGUUCCUCAUCGCGUUCAACAUCAACCUGCUCAGCACCAAGGAGCAGGCACAUCGCAUCGCCCUCAACCUCCGGGAGCAGGGCCGUGGAAAGGACCAGCCAGGACGUCUGAAAAAGGUUCAGGGCAUUGGCUGGUACCUGGAUGAAAAGAACCUGGCUCAGGUGUCCACCAACCUCCUGGACUUCGAGGUCACGGCGCUGCAUACGGUCUAUGAGGAGACCUGCAGAGAAGCCCAGGAGCUGAGCCUCCCGGUGGUGGGCUCGCAGCUGGUGGGGCUGGUGCCCCUGAAGGCCCUCCUGGACGCCGCUGCCUUCUACUGCGAGAAGGAGAACCUCUUCAUCCUGGAGGAGGAGCACCGGAUCAGGCUGGUGGUGAACAGGCUGGGCCUGGACUCCUUGUCCCCCUUCAAUCCUAAGGAGCGGAUCAUCGAAUACCUGGUCCCCGACAGCGGGCCCGAGCAGAGCUUGGUGGACAAGUCCCUGCGUGCCUUUGUCCGGGAGGUGGGCGCCCGCUCGGCGACCCCAGGGGGUGGCUCCGUGGCAGCAGCCAGCGCAGCCAUGGGAGCCUCGCUGGCCUGCAUGGCUGGCCUGAUGACUUACGGGCGGCGCCAGUUCGAGCACCUGGACGUGACCAUGCGGCGCCUGAUCCCGCCCUUCCAGGCGGCCUCAGCCCGGCUGACAGCGCUAGUGGACGCGGAUGCCCAGGCCUUCACCGCCUGCCUGGAAGCGAUGAAGCUGCCUAGGAGCACCCCCGAGGAGAAGGACAGGCGAGCAGCCGCCCUGCAGAAGGGGCUGAGACAGGCGGUGACCGUGCCCCUGGAGCUGGCGGAGACGGUGGCCUCGCUGUGGCCGGCGCUGCGGGAGCUGGCCCUGUGUGUGAACUUGGCCUGCCGAUCGGACCUGCAGGUGGCUGCCAAGGCCCUGGAGACGGGAAUGUUUGGUGCGUAUUUCAACGUGCUCAUCAACCUGAAGGACAUCAGCGAUGACAAGUUCAAGGACCAGAUCCGCCAGCGCAUCUCCAGCCUCCUGCAGGAAGCCAAGGCUCAGGCCGCGCUGGUGCUGGACCGCCUGGAGGAGCGGCAGGAGUGAUGGCCGGAGGGGCCCUAACUGGACUCAGCACCCCAGCGCCCCCGCUCCUUUCCAAUAGGGUCCAGCUUGCCUAACAAGACAGGACGGCUUCUGGGACAGUCCUCAUGAGGCCCACAGGGUGGGCGUGGGGGGGGGGGCCUGAGGUUGGCGGUGCCACCCACUGUCACCUGUGGCCUCUAGUAAAGUCACAGCACACCCUU